CACGCUGCACAGGCAGAAGAGUGUCCAGCACACGAAGCCGCCGUCGGCCUCCCGCGAAAAGCGCCGAGCCGCAGCCCCGCGGCCGCCCAGCCGGAGCCGGGAGCGUUGCGCACCCCUCGGGGCCGGCGCCCCCGGAGCCGCUCCCGCAGCAGCCCGGUCCCGGCCCCGCCUCGGCGGCUCCUCCCCCGGCGCUGCCGCCUCCGGGCCCCGCUCGCCCUUGAGGCGGUCCACGGCCCCGCUCCUCUCCUCCUUUCGGUGACAUCGCUCCGCGCCCCUGCCCGCGGCUGGAGGCGCUCCGACCGAUGCCCUCAGAACAUGUCUAACUGGACAAGUCUGUGGUAUGUCUGGUUAAUCUUGCUGACUAUGUUCAUGCUCCUGCUCUGUGGGAUCACAGCCAGCUGCAUCAAGUUCUGCUGCCGGAAAAAGAGGCCUCCAGUUCAGCCCUUCCCUCGGCACCCCUACGAUCUGACUGGUGUUGCUAUUGACAGCGACAGCACAGCCCACAGCACAGUGACCUCAUACAGCUCAUUCCAGUACCCUCUGAGUGUCCCUAUUCCUUCACUAUUUGUGGGCAUGGACAGGAGCACUGUGUCCCCUCCAGCUUACAGUCCCUACACAAUGGAGUUGCCACCUUCUUAUGAUGAAGCUGUCCAAAUGGGUAAACAAUACAUUGAAGUAGCACUGGUCAGCCAGAAGCUCAGUGACAUCACUGAACAGGUGAUGCCAGGUGGGCUGAAUUGCACCCAGUGUUCACCUGAUAGAACCAACAGAGAUCCAGCAACACAGCCCAGCUCAGAAAAUUCAGAAGAUGUACCACAAGAACAGCCUCAGCUCUAGCUCAUUUCACAUUUGGAGUAAAGGAAUGCAAGGCACAAAGAAUUUGGUUUUAUAAGACAAGUUUCGAUGAAAAGAUGUUUCCUCCCAUGCAGUUGUAAUGAUCUGUCAGAAGAAAUGUUUUCUGCUGUAAUUUCCUGGUUAAGCUUCUUCAGGGAUAUGAAGGGAAGUAAAAGGGCAGCAGUUUAAAAAUACCUGUACAAGUGGAACAGGGAUGCUUGUUCAUCAUCUCCUGAUUAAGAAAAAUGAUUCCCUGUGCCCAGCAUAUGGCAACAAAAAAAAAGGUCAGGGCGAUUUUGCCAUCUUGGAAAGAAAGAGCAAGUUGUUCAAGAACAGAACCUUCCCAAACUGGAGUUGAAAGCAGAAUCCCACAAACUUGUUCUGAAGAGUCUGUGAUACUCAGAUGCUCUGUAGUUUCAUUUAUUUUGGGAACUUUAACUGUCCAGCAAACUGCUGAGGUGCUAAACUUGCUGCUACACAAUGGCACAUGUUCCUACACUGAAGGAAGAUGGCAGGAAUGUAUUUGAAGGAAAUGUAUGAUCUUGUGUUUCCCAACUAGAAUCAUUAGUUAUGAGACUUGAAGGUGUUUGAUUAUUGUUGUUGUUUUUAAUCUUUAAACUUCUAUUUUUAAGAUGCAGUGGUUUGUGUGGGAUCCUUUUGCUACAUAUUUUGCCAGUUAAAGUACAAAUUAGUUUUGGAGGUAUUUCUGCACAUGGUUAAGUAUUACUAAUGUUUCAAAUAUUCAAUUUCUUUGUUGAUUAAGCCUGGUGGAUUUGAAAAACACCACAAAUUGGAAAAUGUCUAUUGUUUCAGAUAGCCAAAUAUAUAUUUUCUGUAUUUCAGAAGAAUAUGAUACUACCAUCAUCAGAAUUUACCUUACAAAAUCUCACCUGGAGGGAUAAUUAAUGUGAACUUGACAAACACUUAAACCUCAGGGGAAAAAAAGGCUGAAAUAAAUAGCAAGAUAACCCACAUGGCAUCAGUUUAAAGGUUUAUGAAAAACUAUUAGCUAUUCAGUUGAAUUAUACUACCUGCCAGUGUCAGCAGCAAGUUCAUAAUGAUUUUCUGCAGUGUGAAUUUCUCCCAAAUAAAACAUUUAUUUCUGUAUUGAUAAUGUUUGUUUGAAUUAAACAGGAAAAUCCACAGUGGGGGAAUUAAGGAUGAAAGUAACAUGUACCGGGGCCACUAAAAGAAUAGUUAGGUGCUAAGCAAAUGUUUGCGUAUAGGUUUAUCCAAACCAUAUGGAAGUUCUCAGGGCAGCAACAAACUUUAUGUAUUUGGAGAAGCAAGAUGAGAGCUAAUGGAUCAUACAGAACAACAACAAAUACCAAGAACAAUAAAAUGAGAUCUUAAUGAUUUAGACAGAGGGUGAAAGUUACUUUUCUGACUGCUUGUGUGUUUGCAUCUGUACAUAUAGUCACCAGCACCUGAAUAAUACAUUGUUAGCCAUUAGCUCUAGUGUAUCUCUAUCUAUGUUUCAAAAAUACUAAGCUAUGCAAAACUUCAGUAUUAGUAGUGUUUAUCAAUGAAAAUGUAUUUCCUACUCACCUCAGAUAUCCAGGCAGAUAAGAAGCAAGUGUUAUUUUUAAGUGAAACUAGAUUAAAUGAAAAACUAAGA